AUGAGGAGCCGAAAACGAUUUGUGAGUUAUCGCCUACGGGGCGAAUAUGAGAAACCGUGGCUCGCGGAUCCCAAAUUCAAGCGAACCAAAGUCAACAAUUACAUCAUCUGGGCCUUCAUAGCAUUAGGCAUCGCUGCUGCUGGAGCGGUUGCCUACCUUGAGAUCCGAGGCUCUUUGCCACAACAGAUGUGUCUUGUGUUUGAAGAUGAUUUCCAGGGAGACACAUUGGACGAGAGCAACUGGAACUAUGAGGUUGCGCUGGACGGGUUUGGUACAGGCUCGUUUGACUGGACGACUACAGACCCGACCAAUGUCUACGUGGACGACAAAGGACUUCACAUUGUUCCGACCCUGACGAAUGAAACAACCUCCAUUACGACAGAUCAGAUGUGGAAUGGCUUUACGCUGAACCUCACAGCGGACGGGACUUGUACCGAAACGUCAGCGAGCGCUUGCGUUGUCACUUCCAACUCCACAUUGGGCAACAUGGUCAACCCGGUGCGAUCUGCCAGAGUCAAUACACAGGGAAAAGUCGGCUUAAAGUACGGUCGAGUCGAGGUGGAGGCCAAGAUUCCUCAGGGAGAUUGGCUGUGGCCUGCCAUCUGGAUGAUGCCCACGGACUCGGUCUACGGCACUUGGCCAAAGAGCGGCGAGAUGGAUAUCAUGGAGGCACGAGGCAACGGCGCUGACUAUGAAGGAGGCCGGAAUGUGUACUAUUCCACAUUGCACUGGGGUCUCAGCUCUGACACAGAUGCCUACUGGAAAACCCAGAAGGUCAGGACUAUGCGCAGAGGAUACUUCUCAGAAGCGACAUAUACAUACGGACUGGAGUGGGAUGACAAGUACAUCUACACGUAUUUCGACAGUCGGCUGACCCAGGUCCUCUACGUCAACUUCUAUGCCAAAGAUCCUCUCUGGGACAGGGGAGAUUUCUCGGCCUCCUCAGAAAACGACACGCUUGCGACCAAUCCAUGGGUAAACUCCACGUCUACCACUGGCAAUGCACCGUUCGACCAGGAGUUCUAUCUGAUCCUGAACGUGGCUGUGGGCGCAAAAGAUGGGUGGUUUCCGGAUAACAAGGGGAACAAGCCAUGGCUCGACGAUGCGACGAACGCCCAGUGGACCUUCUGGAGCGACGUGGGAACGUGGCUUCCAACGUGGGGAAAGGGAGAUGCUCGUGGGCUGACGGUUCGAUCUGUCAAGAUGUGGGAGCGAGGCGUGUGUGGUUCCACCCCCGAAUUGUGA